AUGGACGAAGCUGCGCUCCGUGCGAUGCUGCCAGCAGGCUUUGGGCAGGCCGGCGGUGAUCCAGAGGCAUAUUCUGCCGUCUCUGAGAGGGUGGAUGAUGGCGAGUUCGCGGAUGACGAUGAGUUUGAGGAUGAAGAUGAGGAGCCUGCGAACGAGGCCCCAGCGGAACGACGCGAGUAUACGGACGAGGCUCAGGCGGAGGCGAGCGGGUCCGGGGACGAGGCUCAGACGGGGCGAAGUAGGCGAGGGGACGAGGCCCCAGAUACGGCUGCGCAGCACGAAAGACGGUGGACACACCUUGCUGACUAUGCGAAUAUGCCACUCACCCAGAGCAUUGUGCUUAAAGACCAUACGAAGACGGUGAGUGCGCUGGGGAUCGACCCGUCUGGCGCGCGGCUUGCCACUGGCUCGCACGACUACCUCGUGAAGCUAUGGGACUUUGGUGGUAUGACGACGAGUCUCCGCACAUUCAAGUCGUUCGAACCGGCGGAGAAUUACCCCGUCGUGCAGCUGGCUUUCUCGCCGUACAGCAAGAACCUCUUGUGCCUAUGUGCCUCGACGCAGGCGCGCGUUUACGACUACGAUGGCCAUGAGAUUGCCUUGUACAAGAAAGGUGAUAUCUUUAUGCGCGACAUGCGCCAUACGACCGGACACAUUAGCGAUAUUACGUGCGGCGGGUGGCAUCCCCUCGACGACCAGGUCUUUUACACCGCCGGCUCGGACAGUACGGUGCGCCUAUGGGACAUGCACCACAAGGCCAGUCAGACGUCUGUGAUUGUGGUACGCUCCAAGGAGCGCGGUACAAAGACCAAGGUGACGGCGGCGGCGAUGGCGCCAGACGCGCAGUCGAUUCUCGCCAGUGGACAGGACGGCGCCCUAUAUGUGUGGUCGACGACAGGAAACCUUGCGCGCCCCUCACUCACCGUGCAGCAGGCGCACACCCCCGGCACCGGUGCCACAUGCCUGGCGGUGAGCGCGUGCGGCACCAAGCUGGCCUCGCGUGGGGCCGACGAUACACUGAAGCUGUGGGACCUGCGGCAGCUGCGCACGCCGCUGCAUGUGCGUGACGACCUGCCGAAUGGAAACGACCACACAGACGUCCUAUUCAGUCCGAACGGGCAGCAGCUGCUCACUGGCACGGCGUCUGUCACGCAAGGCUCCACGACGCCGACAGACCUGCGGAGCCAAUGGGGCCAGAUUGUCGCGCUCUCCGCUCAGGACCUAAGCAUGGAGCUCGUGUACCCUGUCGAUCGCACGAGUGUGAAUCGUGUGGCGUGGCAUCCUCGUCUGAACCAGGUGUUUGCGACGACGCGCGGUGGCGACGUGCAUAUCUACUACGACGCAGAGGCUUCGCAGCUCGGGGCGAAGCUUGCACUCCGCAAGCGCGCGCGCGACCGGACCAACCACUAUGCGGCGGACCCGUCGACGACCGAUCCGUAUGCGGACGUGCCGAUUAUGGUGCCAGAGGAAGAAGAGGACGACUACUUCGAUCCCGUGUACAAGAAGCCACAGUUCCCUCGCGACCCACGCAACACGCGUGUGCCGGAGCGGCCACUCGAGGGCCGCGGCAAGAACGGGCGCAUUGGGCGCUCGGCGCUACAGCCACUCGUGGCCGAGCUGUGGGAGGGCGACCUCCGUGCCGAAGAUCCACGCGAGUACGACCCGCGGUUCACAUCGGUGUAUGCCAAGACACAGCCCAAGACGAUCUUUGCGGAGGACGACACCAAGUCGCAGGAUGCUCAGUGA